UAUAGUGCAGGGCAAUAAAAAGGAAGCAUGAUUGGACCAAAUAUUUUUUUUUUAAAAAAAAACCAUGAUUGAAUUUUGGGGAGGAGAUAAAUUGGAGUUUGAAGGUUGAAGUUUCAAUGUGAAGGUUAAGAAGCAGCAAGACAUCCCUCCUUUGCCAUUGGACAUGGGCCAAACUCAAAGCGCCCUUCAUAUUUAAUCCCCAAGAAGAACCGACGCUACUGUGGCGCCUGUUAUGCCGCUUAUUAAAUACUCCGAUCCUGGGGGAAUGCAAAUCAAAUCAAGCGCAGCGGACGGACACCAAAACCCCAACCCACCACGAAACGCCAAACAAAGAGAAGGAAGAGAUAAUUCCAUUGCUACGUCGCCUCCGCCGCGAUGUGCAAUAUCACAGCAUCCACCGCCGUCGCCGUCGCCUCUGCCUCACCAGAUGAGAAGAAUACCCUUCUCUCGCCCGCUCAUUUCUACCUCACCCUCUUUCCCCUUUCCAGUCAUUCCGGUCUCGGUGAUAUUGUAGAGCAGGUGGGCUUAAAGUGCCUCCCUGCGGCAGAGACCCUGGAGAAGCCUCUACUGUCGCCGGCUGAGGCGCUUCAGGAGGCCGGCUCGCUUUUCCGGCUCUCCUUCCCCAUUGCGCUGACCGCGUUGCUUCUCUACCUUCGUUCCAUCGUCUCGAUGCUCUUCCUGGGUUCGCUGGGAGAUCUGCCGCUCGCCGCGGGCUCCCUCGCCAUCGCCUUCGCCAACAUCACCGGAUACUCUGUCCUCUCGGGGCUCUCGUUGGGCAUGGAACCUCUCUGCUCGCAGGCGUUCGGUGCGAACCAGCCGCGCCUCCUGGCACUGACCUUCCACCGCUCCGUGCUCUUCCUGCUCUGUUCCUCGCUGCCCAUCGCCCUGCUCUGGCUCAACAUGUCGCGGAUUCUGCUCGUCCUCGGUCAGGACCCGGAGAUCACCUCGGUGGCGCAGGAGUACCUUCUCUUCUCGCUCCCCGAUCUCUUAUCUUUCUCUCUCGUCCACCCCGUCCGGAUCUAUCUGCGGUCGCAGGGCGUGACGCGGCCGCUCGCCGCCGCUGCCGCCCUCGCCGCAGCCGUCCACCUCCCUGCCAACUUCCUCCUCGUGACCCAACUCGGAUUCGGUGCGUCGGGUGUGGCGGCCGCGGCCGCCAUGUCCAACUUUGCUCUCGUCCUUUCCCUACUACCGCACGCGCCAGGCAGGCCCACCGCGGAGUGCCUCGCCGGGUGGGGCCCGCUGGCCCGCCUCGCUGCCCCUAGCUGCGUCUCCGUUUGCCUCGAGUGGUGGUGGUACGAGCUCAUGAUCCUCCUCUGCGGCCUCCUUCCAGAUCCCCGCCCCGCCGUCGCCGCCAUGGGCGUCCUCAUCCAGACCACCGCCCUCGUCUACGUCUUCCCCUCCUCCCUCGGAUUCGGAGUAUCCACCCGCGUCGGAAACGAGCUCGGCGCCAACCGCCCAUCCCGCGCGCGCGUCUCCGCCGCCGUCUCCGUGCUCUUCGCCGCCGUCAUGGGACUAGCAGCAAUGUGCUUCGCCACCGGCGUGCGGGAGCGCUGGGGCCGCAUGUUCACCGACGACGCCGACAUCCUGCGGCUGACGGCGGCCGCUCUUCCGGUCGUGGGGCUGUGCGAGCUGGGAAACUGCCCGCAGACGGUCGGCUGCGGGGUCCUGCGCGGCAGCGCCCGUCCGUCGCGGGCGGCCCACAUCAACCUCGGCGCCUUCUAUCUCGUCGGCAUGCCGAUCGCCGUCGGACUCGGCUUCUGGCUUCGACUAGGCUUCGUCGGGCUCUGGACCGGCCUUCUCGCCGCGCAAGUCUGCUGCGCCGGGCUCAUGCUUCGCGCCGUCAGUACCACCGACUGGGUGGCGCAGGCCCGGCGGGCACAGUCGCUGACGUCUUCCGCCGCCGCCGCUGGCAGCCCCUCAUUGCAGGAGGUGAAGAUAGAGAAAGCCGAAGGCAACAAUGGAUCAACUUGUCCCUACGAGCCUCUGAUCGCGAUUAAGGUCUGUGCCUUGGAAAGAUGAUAUUAAAAACUAUUUCUAUUAAUUAUUUCCAAAAAUUGGAAUCAUGGAUCUAAUUUUCUAACUCCAGACAAGAAAAA